AUGGUUCAGUUCGGUUCGGUUCAAUAUGUAGGGGAGUCAACGGCGGCGCGGCGCUGGAUCAUCCGGCUCGAAGGACCACUAUGUUACCGACGCCCGUGUUUCCCGGUGGCCGCCAGCACUUUGAGCCUGGUGGCGAUGGCAGCGGAGCGCUGCGGGGCGGUGCGGCGUGGCCGUGGGGCCUCCACGCGUUCACGACCCUGUUUGGCAGUUUCUGCCGUGUGGCUCAGCGCACUGCUGCUCAGUGUGGCGGCGGUGACAGCGAGCUGCGUGUCCUGGCGGCCGCUGGCGGCGGCGCACGCGCUCGUUACCUACUGCUUCCCCGUGCUGGCCGUGGCGCGCUGCCACUGGGCCGUGCGCGUCAAGCUGACGGCUUUGUCGCUCACCGCCCGCGCCGCGCACGGCGAGCUGCCCCUGCCCGUGCCGCUCAUGCGCCGCCCCACGCACGUCAUCAUCGUCGCCGGCGUGGGCCCGCGCGAGCGCCGCGACGCCGUCGACGUCGGCGACGUGCGCUCCAAGAAACUCCAGCCGAGUCUGCUGGGUCCUCAGCCAUUAACUUCGACGUUACACGCGCGCCGGCGACUCGGUAACGUCCUCGUCGCUAUAGCGGCGAUCUUCGCGGCAUGCUGGUGCCCGCAUGCGGCUAUAGUCAUAUGCGGGGCGUUCGGGCUCCAAGCGCCGCUGCUUCUGCAGCAGUACGCGCUGCUAUUCGGGCAUGCGCAUUCGGCUCUUAAUGCGGCAGCUUACUGGGUGUUGAAUAGACACGCGUUGACGUCGGCGUGCGCGGCGUGGCGCCUGCCGCAGCUGCGGGUGCGGGAGGAGCGGCCCUCGUCGACCAACGAGGCGGCCCUGGGAGCCUUCCACCCGCGCCUCGCGCGCCCCGCGCCCUCGCCACGCCCGCCGCCCUCCAGCUACCUAUACUAAGAUCCGUGCCGUCGCAACUAGACUUUGUUAAUGGAUAGAUAAGUGUCUAUGAGUGGUUAAUGUGUGUUGUUCUAACGCUGCUACGCUUACGCCGAGGCAAGUUCCUUCAUAUGACCUAGGUAUGUAUAUUUACGUAUCAAAUAAAAUUUGACACCGAUCACAGAAAACACGUCAAAUAGAAUCUGCCCUUCCUGUCCGCGUGUCCGCUGUUUUCCUCGAGACAAAAAGAAAAAAAAUAAGUAUUUUGAAAAUUGCCUCAAAAGAAAAACCACAAUUUACAAGAUAAACUAAAACUCUAUGAUAAAACUCCUGAGCUGAACAUCUCAAUGCAUUAAAUUGAAGAUGAUUGAAGUUCCCUUCCCAGUUGUUGUCCAAGCCCGCAGAACUUUAAACUCUGUAAUCCGCCGCUUAAAAGAUUUCUUGCCGAGCCAAGUGGAGUUUACCGAGAGUUAUAUCAUAGAAACGACUAGGUAUGCAAUUUUCCAAGUGUUUGUCUUUGAAGUCGACUCCGUUCGAACUCGACUGAAAGUUGGACAGCAUGAAUUCAACAUCAGAAGCAAAUCUGUUGGAGAAUAGCCUGUUUCUUAGAUACUCGGAUGAC